AUGAGGGCCACACACUCAGCUAUUACUUCAAGAAGGAUGUAUUCGUCGGCACAGCCAAAUUUAUACCAGGUCUUGGAGCUACUGCCAAAUGCUUCUACAAAGGAUAUUAAAAUGAAAUUUAAGCGGUUGUCCAAGAAAUAUCAUCCUGAUGUAAACGCGCAUCUCAGUGACCAAGAGAAGGAGGCAAAUAGCAAGAGAUUCGUGGAGAUGGUGCUGGCAUACGACACACUCAAAGACAAGAAGAAACGCAAAUUGUAUGAUGCGACUCUCCUGUCAAGCCCUCGAGGAGGCGGAUCGAUGUAUUCGCGAAGAAAGCCACCGUCAGCGUGGGAAAACGAAUAUUACGGCGAAGCCAAGCAUUACUCGAGGGCACGAGCUUCCGGAAGCUAUACCUCUCACGGCUACAACUACACUAGACACAGGGUACACAACUUUUACAGAGCUAGCAAUGGAGAAAAUGGGUCCCAGCACUUUACGGGCGAGCACAAAAACCGUGGCGACAGAUUCGAUGUGCCUCAUUUUGACUACACUAGCCAUCUCUCCAAGCAAUUAAAGUUCGAGCAGCGGAUCAUCAGUAAGCACUUGUCGGAGGCGGAGAAGGAGGCGGUCUUGCGGCAACUAGCACCGGACGGUGAUCUCUCCAAGGUGAGCGAAGAGCUCAUAACCAAGCAUUUGAUGAGGCAAGCAAAGAACGAGAAUGCAGCCAGGCAAACUCACUCUCACCAAUCGGGCGCGGCCAGUAACCCAUACAUGUACCGAGGGCCACAAAAUAGCAACAUGGACUCCGAAGAAAGCGGGGUUGGGUUCAAAGCACUAGUGAUUGCCGGAGGGGCAGGAUCGGCGUACCUACUAUACCAUUUAAUUCUAGCUCAAUAG